AUGGGAGCGUACGCUAGAGAACCUGAGAACAUCUCAAAGUCAUGCAAGUCUCGUGGAGAUAAUUUGCGUGUUCAUUUCAAGAACACCCGCGAAACGGCUCAGGCAAUUAAAGGCAUGCCACUCCGUAGAGCUCAACGAUUCUUGAAGAAUGUUGUUGACCAAAAGGAAUGUGUUCCAUACCGUAGAUUUAAUGGUGGUGUUGGACGUUGUGCUCAAGCUAAGGCAUGGGGAACAAGUGUAGGUCGUUGGCCAAAGAAAUCAGCUGAUUUCCUCAUCCAAUUGUUGAAAAAUGCCGAAGCUAAUGCUGACUACAAAGGCUUAAAUACUGACAAUUUAGUCAUUGACCACAUUCAGGUCAAUCGCGCUCCAUGUCUUCGUCGUCGUACAUACAGAGCUCACGGUCGUAUUAAUCCAUACAUGUCAUCACCAUGUCACGUUGAAUUGACACUUACUGAGAAAGAGAAGGUAGCACCAUCAAAACCAGCAGAGGAAGAGCCAGAGAAAAAGAAAGUCUCAAAAAAGAAGCUCCAAAAGCAAAAGGAGAAGAUGAUGCGUGAUGGGGAAUAA